AUGGACAACAUACAGCAGCAGCUAGAAAGCGUCUUGGCUGUAUUGAGACCUUAUACUCACUUCAUUCCCGAGGAACUUCGGAUUUUGGGGGGAAAACUCAUUGGUGAUGAAGCCUUCGAGGUGUUGGUGAUGGAGCUGGACCCAUUCUCUCCAGAGGGAAACAUACUGUUGAAGCCCGCUAUUUCCAAAGUGUUAGGACUGGGGCUGAUUGGAGGCUCCUCCAUUGUCAAAUUACCCCAAAUAUUAUCAGUUAUCAGGUCCAAGAGUGCUGAGGGUAUCUCGCUUUUGACUACUCUGCUGGAAUCAUUCUGCUACCUCGUUUCUCUCUCCUCUAAUUUCAGAUCAGGGACGCCUUUUUUGGCUUUUGGUGAGGUCGCCUUCAUGCUGGUUCAGAAUUUAUUUUUGGCAGUCUUACUGCUCGGCUUCGGUGGAAAAUACAAACAAUUUCAGUUCUUCUUCUCGGUGGUGUCCAUUCUGCUUUACACGUUUCUGGCGCAGCCAUCUGCUGACAAGCCCUUGGUGAUAGGCAAUAAUCUGCUGAACUUUCUCCAGUCCAUAGUCAUUCCUCUUUCCGGGCUGAGUAAGAUUCCGCAAGUUAUCGAAAUAUUCAAGAGGAAAUCUACGGGACAGUUGUCUUCAAUAACUGUGCUAAGCAAUCUGUUGGCCUCGGUCGCGCGAAUCUUCACCACGCUGUCGUCUGGUGUGGCGGAAAACUCAAUGUUGAUUGGCUUUCUGGUCGCUGGCUUGGUUAAUGUGGUGUUAGGGAUUCAGUUGUUUGUUUAUGGCUCCAACAAAUCAGCAUCGCCAAAGGUGAAGACCAGUUAG